GCUCAGAUCAACUUUCGAUUUCACACUUCAGUCUUCACUCUUCAGUUUCAGAAAGAUUAUUCAAGUUAAUUAAAUAAACAGUCCACCUUCAACAUAAAUAAUUAAGAACCGAUGAAUUAAAGUGAAGUUUUUGUUGUAAAAGUCCGGCAACUGUACAGACAUUGAUGGCCCGCGAUGAUACACAAUGGGGUGAUGAUGAUUGCCAAUUCUCGAGCAGGGACAGUGAUGACAGCCCACUGUUAUACAGACAUGAAAGAAGUCGACUGGCUAAAGAGAGAUCUGAUAGAAGAUGGCCGGUGACAAUUAUAGCAAAAUUCUCACUUUUCAGCACAGCUAUGAUAUUGUUUUGCGUUUUUAUGUAUAUCCCAGUGUACAACAGAGCGAAUGAUCAGAUGCCAAAAGUUGCGGUAGCAGGCUGGUCCAUACAUACGAAUCGUGAUACAAAAAUCUAUGUACAACCCAAUAAUGUUACGACGAUACACGAGCCGAUAUACAUAUGCCCAAAGAAAAAUCGAGAAAAACUAUUUCUACUCAUCGUAGUGUGUUCGUCGACAACGAACUUCGAAAGGCGGGUCGCGAUACGGGAGACUUGGGGUAAUUCGACAAACUUUGUGGAAAGUGCGAAGUUAUUUCACGCUGUUCACGAGAAAUAUAAGAAUUAUAAUUAUUCGUAUGAUCUGUAUGCUGAAAUGAAUUACACGGAUCGGCGGAGACGGGGUGUGGAGGCAGAAGAACGUGUCAGGGUCACGAAAGGUGUUGGCAACAAAUCCACUGAAGAUUUUGAACUUAAAGGUGAAGUGGCAUUUGAUAAAACUGAUUCAGCAGGCGUUGACACCGCAACGGAUGCACUAGAAGAUAAAGAUUUUGUUGAUCUAGAAAAACUACAGAGUACAGUAGCCAUAACAAAGAAGAAAAUACAUAGAAAGAGAGAUUUAACCAGUUUCAACCGGAUACUACCGGAACUGGCUAAAGCGUUAAGCGUUACCAUUCCAACAGACGAGAAAAUGUUGCCAGAAUUCGAUAUGAAUAAAGAAAUAGGCGGACAAGAAAAUGACAUAGAUUACAAUUACGAUUAUGACACAAAUAUAAUGAAAAUACCACCACGAGGCGAAGAGAACUUCGAUCUGGAGAAUGUUAUAGCGAAAAUCAGAGAGAAUUAUCCGAAAACCGAUGUAAAUUUUAAAGUUGUGUUUCUAUUGGGGUUGCCAGCUAAAGACAAUAGUAGCGAGAUUCAGGAUAAAAUUGAUGAGGAAGUGGAUAAAUAUGGCGAUAUUAUACAAGAAGGUUUUAUCGAUUCAUACAAUAAUUUGACAUUGAAAUCUAUAAUGAUGCUAAAGUGGGUGACAAAUAAUUGUGGCGAUAGCGUUCGAUAUAUAUUAAAAACUGACGACGACAUGUACAUUAAUGUGCCGAAUUUGAUGAUGAACCUUCAGAAUCGCUCAAAAAUUCACGACCAAACAAAAGAAAAAGAGAAGGAAUAUCUGUUAAUUGGAGAUUUGAUUUGUGGAGCUCGCCCCGUCUUGGACACGAGUAACAAAUGGUACAGCCCGCGUUAUAUGUAUUCCGGGAGGAUUUACCCGCGUUAUUUAUCCGGUACGGGCUACGUUUUAAGUACACCAACGGCGCAUGCGCUUUACCAGGCGGCGUUGCGAACACAUUACUUUCACUUGGAAGACAUUUUCAUCACGGGCAUGUGCUCUCUUCGAGCGACACCGCGUAUAACGCCGCGUGACGAACCGGGCUUUUCCUACAAUGGUGGGGGCGGAGCUUGCGCAGUGCAUUCGAAGCUGACGGCCCAUCGUGUCACGCCGUACCGUAUGAAGAGGGUCGCUAUGUUGCUGAGAGAUUUGGGUUAUGUUGAUAGAUGCGAACGCUUGCGGCUAACUCAGGUAAGAAAAGAACGUCUAAGACCAAAACAACCGACGAAAAAACAACCUAAAAUUGCAUUAGGGCUUAUUUAGUUUUAGUGUAUGUACAUUUCAUGUAAAAACGUCAAAAGUUUAUAGAAUAACUUCUGACAUUUUCGCAUUCGUAACAGUACAAUUUGACAUUUUCGAAAGUGUCCAAUAAAGCGACUAAAAAACGAAUAAAACGAAACAACGUAAAAGUACAAUUUGUCAUUAAAUGUCGAAUGUGUGCUUCUUGACUUUUUCAAAAAUGUCCAGAAUGACUUAUACGUAAAAACAGUACAAUUUGCCAUUAAAUGUCAAAUGUGUACUCCUGACAUUUUCGUAGCAGUACAAUUUUGCGUAUUGAAUUGACACAGUUUAUAAAUACGCAGGCAUGUAUAUGUCUACAUAAUAUAUUGUAUAAAAAAAGUAACAUUUCAACUAAAUAACUAUUAACUGCGAUUAUAUGAUUGGCAAUGUCCAGAAUAAUUUGUAGGAGACAUGUGGCAAAUGCCGAGAAUACGAAAAUAUAUUAUAAUAUAUAAUGUGAUAGUAAAGAAUCUCAGUUUAACGCAUCCAAAAUAUGGGUGGUUUACUCAAGAAAAAGAGGACUUUAUACAAAUUUUCUACCCAAAAAUAAUUAGUUACUCAAUAACUAAUACAAUAAUCAGCGUAAAAAUGGAGAGAAAUGAAUAUGUAUGGUCGCUGUUUGAAAUCAGGCUUGUUCAUGGACAUCUGUCUUCAUAAUUUUCUCAAUAAUUUUACCUAUGGUGUCCAAUAAUAAUGUAGGUACAAUAUGUCCUAAAUGUCAAAUGUGAACUUCUGACAUUUUUGUAAGGGUACAAUUUUUAAAAACUCAGAUAACCGACCCAUAUUUUGGAAAAUCAAGGUGAUAGUUUUAUUUAAGCAUAUGUCUAAGUUUUAAUCUAAUCUCGGAAUAUCUGUGACCUUAGCACGACCUGUACAAAGUGUUUAAAAAUAUAAUCAAUAUAAACUUAUGAAAGAAAUAAAUAGCGAUAGAUUCACGUAUAGUUCAUGCUAAGGAAAACAUUUAUUGAUUUGAAUCUCAUUGCUUUAUAUUUAGGUACAUUUACUUAUUGCCUCGAAUAUUUAUUGUAGCGAAAAAUAGUCAAAAUGUUACAAAUCUUAUCUUAUAUAUUUCUUCAGCAUAUAAUGAGUAUAAAAGUAUUUUUAUAUAACAUAAUUGGAUAUAUUUUAUACCAGCGUCAGUAUUACUCGAAACGAAAACAUAAUAUAUUGGAACUAACACAUAACGGAUAGAUAAUUUAUUUUUUGUGGUUUUUGUAACGAAAGUAUUUUAGUGAACUAUUUAUGUAGUAAGCGAGAACUGUUGGCUCCAGUGACGCAUCCUUCAGGUCGUAGGUUCGAUCCCGGCCUGUGCACCAGUGGACUGUCCAUGUAUGCAUUUAACGCUCGUACGAAGGAAAACAUCGUGAGGAAAUCGGAUUGUCAUAGAUCCGACACGACGGCGUGUCAGGCACAGAAGGCUGAUCACUUACUUGUCUAUUAGAUUGACAUGAUCAUGAAAAGGAUACAGAAAUCUGAGGCCCAGGUUGCAGUCACUGGUUUAUUUUUUGUUUUAUUUUUAUGUAACUGAUACGCCUCUAGUAAACAAUAUUUCAAUUUAAGCCGAAGCCCGUGAAAUGUCAAGGUUUCUAGGGCAUAUAUAUAUAGUAGUAUAUUAUUUACACUGGAUGACUAAUACUUUCUUGUUUCAACCCCAUGAGUGAUGCUGGUAUAGAUAUUAAAUUUCGUUUCUCUAGUCUUAAUGAAUAAACAUCCAAUAGUGCCAAUAUAGUAUUUAGAACAAUAGCCUUGCGUCUCUGUAAUUAAUCAAACUGGUUAGCAAAUAGCUUCGUUAUGAGUGGCUUUUGAAAUUUAAGUCCCCAAGGGACCGAUUCCAUUAAUAGAUUAGGACAACGAAACAUUUUAAUGGGAGAGAUGAAAUACACUAAAACCAACGUAGACACCACACUUCACCAAAAUCGGUAAAUAAUAAAACUACACGUUUUAGUGAAUUUUAAACUUUCCUCUUAGUAGUAUUACUAAUAUAGAAUAUUUUAAAACCUGUGGAAGUCAACGAACAAAUAAACAUAAUAAAUUAUGUGGGUAUAGGACACAUUAAGUUAAUCGUAAUUUUAAAAAUGUACUAAAAGCUCUCAUUCUAGUUUAUCAAUACGAUCGUAAAAAUCAGCGAAAACAUAAAUAGCUACAAUAAAGGCAGGUUAUUGGAGGUCAUUCACCUUCCAUAUUUAAACUACAGGUCAAAUACCUAGAGUCAUUGAUCGUUUGGGUUUUUUAAACUUUGUUAUAUUGUUUGACGUUGAAUUUUACAGGUCGUUUUUAGUAUUAUUAAUAUGGUGUGAUAUCAUUUCCUUCCAAAAGGGAGUCGGGUGCCUUGAUAUAUAAGUAAUAUUCGGAUGGGGUACAACGUAUCGUAAACAUAUAUAUAUAUAUGUAGAAAUGCCAUAUAAUGUCAAUAUUUAUGCAUAUAAAGUAUAUAGAGCGGGCAUUGGGUUUGUGUCAUAUCUUUGUCUUAAUGCUUCUUCACGUUUAAAUAAAAACAUAGAACGAAUUAAAGCGAAUUUAAUGUAAUGUCCGCUCUUCUAUCUUUGAUUAAUUAAAUAUUUAUAAAUGUAUGUAUAUUAUUAAUUCAGUAUGAAGACAUUAACAAAUUAUAUUUGUGUUUAUAUAAGUAUUUUGUAAGAGAUAUCCCUUAUAUAUAUCCCGCAUUUAGCACUGUUAUUGAAGCAUUACUACAUUCACAUAAGUUAACCUAAUUGUAAAAGAAAGGUUAAUGUAAAGUAACACUUGCGUGUAAAGUCGUUUUUUAAACUUUGCUAUACAUACAAGCUAAGAAUCGUCCACUACCAGUCACUUUCCGCACGGAUUAAGCCCUUGUAUAGAGAUUUGGGGUCUCUGCAUCUUCUACAGCAUUUACCAUAGAGACGUGGGCAGAUUAAAACCCCCAACUUGGUUUCACUAUCGGGCGUGAAGGCAGAAGAACCAUAUUGUAUUGACGGCCGUCACUCAAGGCAGUUUUUGAUGUGCAAAUAGUGGUAUAUGGAACCAGCUCCCCACUUUAAGCCCUUCAAGAAAAGAGCGCUCCAGUUCUUAAAAGGCAACAAGCCUGCUGGCAAUGUGCUUGUCCAUGGGCGGCGGUAUAACUUGAGAUUAGGUGAGCCUCUUUCCGUUCGCCCUGUUAUAUAAAAAAAUAGAAAUUGUGGACCUGAUAUAUGUGAAUUUGAUAAGGAAUGGGUUUGUUUGUGGAAGUUGGAUUUGCUAGUGUGAAAUUGUCAAAUGUUCAUUUUUUUACUUUAUAGUAUCUAUACGUUUGGGCUUGACAUGAGCGUGCUUCAUACUAUUUUAUUCUCUAUGACAGCUCUAAUGUGACCUAUGGACGAGUUUUUUUGUUUAUUUUUUUUCUCCCCCUUUCCAGAUAAAAACUCACCGUGAAUCAAGAAUGUUUAUUAUAUACAAGUAUCUUCGAUUGGUCGUUGGCGGACAAUGUUGAGGUAUUUUGGAUCACCUUUGUCUCUCAUGAAUCUCGGUGCUAAGAUCUGUAUGAAUUUUCAUGACGAAAAAAGACUUGCCAACAUAUGAAACCAGGCUAGGCACUUUAAUCUUUUCGUGUAUGUUAUGUUUGCCUUUGUCACAUGAAAUACUGUAUUUUAUUUUUCUUAAACAAAUAUAUGUGGCGAGCGUUGACAAGCUUUUAUAAAUAAAGCGUAAAUAGAUCUGAGUGAUCUCUCUAUAGGGAUAAAAAUAGCUUAUCUUGGCUAAACUCUGAAUUAAAAAGUUUAAGUUGUCUUAGCUGAAUUUCUCUUCCAUAUCUUUAAAGGGAUCAUAACUUAAGAAACAGCUGAUCUUGUCUAGGUUCUGAGUUUAAAUAUUGCUAAUUGCAGUUUACAGUUUAAAAACCGGUUUAACUAAAUCUAGAAAUUUGGUAAUCCAGUUCAAGGACGCUUAAAAUAUAGUAGUAUGUUUUACUGGCUGUACUUUGUUAAAGGCAGUUUUUUAUAUAUCCAAUUGGGAGUGGGCGUGGUUCACACUCAUGCAAGUGUGGCUUACGGUAAUGGUUACUUUAUAAUUUAAUUUAAUAUAGGUUGUGUUUACUCAUAUAGACUGUUAAUUGCUCAAAAUAUACAAUUUAAAACGAUUGGCUAAGUUGAUCCACCUUUAUAGGAAAUUUAACAAAAGUGAAAUUAAGUUAAGUAGCAAAAAUGAAAUUUAACUGAGACGAUUGUGACAGGAUGAAUGUAUUAUGACAAGUGGUAAUUACGAGAGUAUGAUUUACAAUGGGCAUUACAUACAUAAAUCCAGCCCUGACCUAUCAAGCUUUUCUUUACAGACUAGGGUAUAAUUGAUUACUAUGAAACGAUUGAGUUUGUCAAUUGUCUAAUCGAGUUUGUGGUUGGCAAAAUAAUUUAAUAGGCAUAAUUUUUGACCAAGUAUAAUGUACGUUUCCACUAAGAAUGUUUAAUUAUUUGUGAAAAUCUUGGUAUCUUUUCCCAAAUUUGUUCUAUUUGGAUUUCUUCGAAAAUAACGAAGGCAGUUUCGGCAGAUUUUUGUGAUAAGAAUAGCCUACGAAGCGUCAUUCGUGAUGAAGGAAUGGAACUGUCUCGGCGUCUUAAAGAUCAUGAUUACCCUUCUUUUUUAUAUAAUAUCAGGCAAAUGGGCAAGAGGCUCACCUCAUGUUAAGUGAUACGAUGGAGAAUCCAUGGACGGCGGCUCAUUGCCAGAGACCUCGCAAGUGCGCUGCCGGCCUUUUGAGAAUUGGUAUCUCCUUUCAGACGAAUUGGUUCGGAUAAUAUAUUUGGCCAGCUGGUUUCACAUUGUGGUGGAGCUGUGUCUCAAGUGUUGAUGUAAGGGUAUUUAGUGUGAUCUGAUCCCGUAUGUCAAAAUCCAAUUCGAUUUGACAUACGGGACAUUGGCAGACAGGAAUAUUAAAACGAUUGAAUUGAAAUUACUUUUCAUAUAACGGUCUUGUUUUGUCGCGAAAUUUGCUAUUUUAUACAAUGGCGCUUCGUAGAGCUAAAAAUAUUAUUUUAAUUUCUAUAUUUUGUAUAACGUUUGACAAUUUUACUGUAAUAUCUUAAUUAAUUCAUGACUUAUUCCAAUUAUAGUUAAUUUGACGUAUCGGUUACCCAUCAAAUUCCUGAAGCGACGUAUCUUGCUUAACCUAAUUAAUCGGUUACUCGUUGUUUUGACUGCAAAAUUGAUUUCAAUAUAACAGGUAUCCAUCAACUACAUGACCACGCCAAGUGUUGCUUAACCUUAAUGAUUUUCGUUCCGCUAAAUUAAGUUUUAAAAUCAUUCCUCUCGAACGCCUUAUAGAUAAUUAAUAUAAAAAAUGUUAUUAUUUGCGUUGUAUUGAAUAAUUAAGAUGAUUAUCGCGUAAUUAAAGAUUUUAUCGGAUUGUUUAAUUUAUAUCCACAGUUUAAAUAUUUGUAAAAUUCGCGCCAAAAUCUAUGAAUCAACGUUUUAUCUGUGGUAGUAAUUUGUGAUUUGUCGCAAAACAAGACGUAUUAAUCUGUUGUAUUGUUGAUUGUUAGCCUGUGGACUUUUGAAAAGAAUUUGGCGCUGAUUUUUUUUAUAACUUAGGAUAUGAUUAAUUUAUUUUGUAUUCCCAAAUAAAGAUAUAUGAAUAAA